AUGGUUCCUUACAAAAAUGAUUCCCGAAUCAGCUCGACCAUCUCUUCCGAUACCGAUAGACUACAUUCCUUUUUCCUUUCUUUCUUUCUCUCUUCUUGCGAUUCUGCCAAUUUUUCUUAUUCCAAAACGCUUUCUUUCUUUCUUUCUUUCUUUUUUUCUUUCUUUCUUUCUUUCUUUCUUUCUUCUUGCGAUUCUGCCAAUUUUUCUUAUUCUUUCUUUUUUCUUUCUUUCUUUCUCUCUUUCUUUCUUUCUUUCUUUCUUUCUUUCUUUCUUUCUUCUUGCGAUUCUGCCAAUUUUUCUUAUUCCAAAACGCUUUCUUUCUUUCUUUUUCUUUCUUUCUUUCUUUCUUUCUUUCUUUCUUUCUUUCUUUCUUUCUUUCUUUCUUUCUUUUUUUGCGAUUCUGCCAAUUUUUCUUAUUCCAAAACGCUUUCUUUCUUUCUUUCUGUUUUUCUUUAUUUCUUCCAUUGUUACCAUUUUUUUUAUUCCGCAACUGUUUCUUUCUUUCUUUCUUUCUUUCUUUCUUUCUUUCUUUCUUUCUUUCUUUCUUUCUUUCCUCGAUCGUGCCCAUUUUUCUUCUUCCACAGUACUUUCUUUCUUUCUUUCUUUCUUUCUUUCUUUCUUCAACGCUUUGUUUUUUGUUUUUUCUUUCUUUCUUCGAUUGUUACCAUUUUCCUAUUUCCCAACCCUUUCUUUCUUUCUUUCUUUCUUUCUUUCUUUCUUUUCUUUCUUUCUUUUACUUCAUUUUUUACUUACAUGCUACCUAAAUCAAAGAGUAUAACUUCCCACCGCCAUCUAUUUUUCUUUCCCUUCAGACAACGUGGGUAUCGCUUCGUGUUUCAAGCAUAUGAAUUUGCUUUUAAUAUGAUAGGAACACAUUAUUAUCUAUCUAUCUAUCUAUCUAUCUAUCUAUCUAUCUAUCUCUCAGUCUUUUCAUAUCUAUCUAUCUAUCUAUCUAUCUAUCUAUCUAUCUAUCUAUCUAUCUAUCUAUCUAUCUCAGUCUUUUCAUAUCUAUCUAUCUAUCUUCAUUUUUCUAUUUUAUUUAUCUAUCUUCUACGUGUUUAUUAUUUCUACUCCCGUUUCUUUCUUUCUUUCUUUCUUUCUUUCUUUCUUUCUUUCUUUUCACUUCUUUUAUUUGCCUCUUCCUUUUCUUUCUUUCUUUCUUUUGCUUUGUUCUUUCUUUUCUCUUUUCCUUCUUUUCUUUGCCUCUUCCUUUCUUUCUUUCUUUCUUUCUUUCUUUCUUUCUUUUUUUUGUUUGGCUCUUUCUUUUCUUUGUUCCCUUCUUUUAUUUGCCUCUUCCUUUUCUUUCUUUCUUUCUUUCUUUCUUUUCUUUUUCCUUCUUUUAUUUGCCUCUUCCUUUUCUUUCUUUCUUUCUUUCUUUUGCUUUGUUCUUUCUUUUCUCUUUUCCUUCUUUUCUUUCUUUCUUUCUUUCUUUCUUUCUUUCUUUCUUCUGCUAAUCACAUAUUCUUUCUUUCUUUCUUUCUUUCUUUCUUUCUUUCUUUCUUUCUUUCUUUUGUUUUGUUCUUUCUUUUCUUUUUCCUUCUUUUUUGCCUCUUCCUUUUCUUUCUUUCUUUCUUUCUUUCUUUCUUUCUUUCUUUCUUUCUUAGCCUGGCUCUUUUCAGUAUUCGCUCCCAACACCGUCCCACCACAUUCGACUCUGUUUUUCCCUCUCCGUCAAAUCUCGUUCAUCCGUCUGUAUGUGUGCUUGUCACCCACUCCUGUCGAGACCUUCCGUUUGCCUUCGAUUUAUUCACCAUUUUUCUUUUUUUCUUUCUUUUUUCCCUUCUUUCUUUUGUUACGCUUCUUUUCUUUUACUUUUUCUUUUUCAAACUUUGCUUUUUAUUAAUUUCUUCUAUUAUCUCCCUUUUUUUCUUUUUAAAAUAUUCGUUUUUUAAGUCCUUUCUUUCUUUCCCUUCUCUUUUGCUGAUUGUCCUUUUCAUCUAUCUAUCUAUCUAUCUAUCUAUCUAUCUAUCUAUCACAGUCUGUUUAUAUCUAUCUAUCUAUCUAUCUAUCUAUCUAUCUAUCUAUCACUGUUCAUAUCUAUCACAGUCUGUUCAUAUCUAUCUAUCUAUCUAUCUAUCUAUCGCAGUCUGUUCAUAUCUAUCUAUCUAUCUAUCUAUCUAUCACAGUCUGUUCAUAUCUAUCUAUCUAUCGCAGUCUGUUCAUUCAAUCUAUCUAUCUAUCUAUCUAUCUAUCUAUCUAUCUAUCUAUUCUUCGUAA